AUGCUCUGGUUCUACGUUCUCGCAACAGCCGCUCCCGUUUUCGGGGCAACUUCCAAGAGAGCCCAAAAGCCGCAAAUGGGGUGGAACUCUUGGAACACCUUCAAGCUCGGAAUCAACCAGACGAUUGUCGAAGGAACCGCGCAAGCUUUGGUGGAUACUGGACUUCGUGAUGCUGGCUACACGUACCUAGUCAUGGAUGAUGGCUGGCAAAAUCUUACCAGAGGUCCGGAUGGGAGGCAACAAGCCAAUGCCACGCGCUUUCCCUCCGGCCUUAAGGUACUUGCCGAUGAGGUCCAUGAGAAGGGCCUCAAGUUUGGCUUAUACAGUGAUGCCGGAAUCUUCGGUUGUGGUUUUCAACCAGGCAGUCUGGGUUAUGAAGAACUCGACGCCCAAACGUAUGCAGACUGGGGUAUGGACUAUCUGAAGUACGACAACUGUGGAGGAUUCUACGGCAAUACCCGACCAGUCCAGGAGCGCUUCCAAAUCAUGUCUCACGCUUUGAAGAACACAGGUCGCGACAUCUUCUACGCAGUUUGUCAAUGGGGCCACCAGUGGCCCUGGUACUGGGCCGACCAGUUCACUGAUUCAUACAGGAUGUCUGGGGACAUCCACGCCAAGUUUCGCGAUGACGGGAACUCCGUCUGCAAGACUGCCUACUGUCUCAACACUGGCUACGCUGGUGUUAGCGUUCUGACCAUGAUUCGCAAGAUGCGCGAGAUCUCUGGCUUCCAGAAGAAAGGCUCCUGGGCUGAUAUGGACAUGCUCGAGGUUGGCGUCAACCGCAACUUCACACUUCACCAGGAUCAGACCCACCUGAGCUUCUGGGCAGCCUUGAAGAGCCCUCUCAUCAUUGGUGCGGACAUCACAACAAUCAGAAAAUCUUCUCUCGAUGUGCUGUUGAAGAAAGAUAUCAUUGGAAUCAACCAAGAUGACCUCGGGGUAGCUGUCUCUUAUGUAGCUGAACUCUCCAAAGAGGACGAAAUCCAGGUCUGGGCUGGACCUGUGAAGUACAAAAAGUACAACCAUGUUGUGCUUGCUCUCAACUACAAUGUGGUGAACCACACCACUGAUAUUGAGCUGCCAUGGUCAAGACUUCCCGGGUUCCAGGGUUGCAAGAACGGUAAUGUCCGUGUCAGAGAUGUCUGGGAGGACAAGGAUCUGGGAUCUCAGAAAGAAAGUAUUUCCCUCCAGGAGGUGACGCAGGAUCAAACGAAGGUGUUGCUGCUUUCCUGCAAGUAG